AGCAGAGGGGCGCAGACAGACGGAAGGACGCGGCUGACGCGAUGGACCGUCUCCUUAGCCGGGAUCCUGUGGAUAUUGAGAACAUCCUAGCCCUAAAUCCUCGCAAGCAAACACAUGCAACUUUGCAUUCCACAGCAGCCAAGAAACAUGAGAAAAUGCACUGGAAAAGGAAUGCGGAGAAAAGCUGUUCAAACUGCGAGAAGCUGGAAAAUAAUUUUGAUGACAUCAAGCACACGACUCUUGGUGAGAGAGGAGCACUUCGAGAAGCAAUGAGGUGCUUAAAGUGUGCAGAUGCCCCCUGUCAGAAGAGCUGCCCAACUAAUCUAGACAUCAAGUCAUUUAUCACAAGUAUUGCAAACAAGAACUAUUAUGGAGCUGCCAAGAUGAUCUUUUCUGACAACCCACUUGGACUGACGUGUGGGAUGGUGUGUCCAACUUCAGAUCUUUGCGUGGGUGGAUGCAAUUUAUAUGCUACCGAGGAGGGACCAAUUAAUAUUGGUGGACUGCAGCAAUUUGCUACAGAGGUAUUUAAAGCAAUGAAUAUUCGUCAAAUUAGAAGUCCAUCUUUGCCACCACCUGAAGAGAUACCCAAAGCUUACCAUGCCAAGAUAGCUUUUAUUGGAGCUGGGCCUGCAAGUAUAAGUUGUGCUACCUUUUUGGCACGAUUGGGCUACUUGGACAUCACCAUCUUUGAAAAGCAAAACUACGUUGGUGGUUUAAGUACAUCUGAAAUCCCUCAGUUCCGGCUGCCGUAUGAUGUAGUGCAUUUUGAAACCGAGCUUAUGAAAGACCUCGGAGUGAAGAUAAUUUGUGGCACAGGACUUUCAGCAGAGGGAUUGACACUCAGAGCCUUGAAGGAAGAUGAUUACAAAGCGGUCUUUAUUGGAAUUGGUCUACCAGAACCAAAAAGAGAAUCUAUAUUUGAAGGUCUGAAGAUGGAGCAAGGAUUUUACACAUCUAAAGACUUCCUACCACUGGUGGCUAUGGCGAGUAAACCAGGAAUGUGUGCCUGUCACUCUCCAUUGCCAUCAAUACAUGGAACGGUGAUUGUUCUGGGAGCCGGUGACACUGCUUUUGACUGUGCAACAUCGGCUUUGCGCUGUGGAGCUCGUCGUGUUUUUGUGGUCUUCAGGAAAGGAUUUACAAAUGUACGGGCUGUCCCAGAGGAGAUGGAACUUGCAAAAGAAGAAAAGUGUGAAUUUCUGCCUUUCCUUUCUCCUCGGAAGGUGGUAGUGAAAAGAGGGAAGAUUGUUGCUAUGGAAUUUGUUCGGACUGAGCAAGACGCAGAUGGAAACUGGAAGGAAGAUGAAGAUCAGGUGGUCCGGCUGAAAGCUGAUGUAGUGAUCAGUGCCUUUGGAUCAGUCUUAAAUGACCCAAAAGUAAAAGAAGCUCUGAGUCCUAUCAAAUUUAACAAGUGGGGUCUUCCAGAAGUUGAUCUAGAGAGCAUGCAAACAAGCGAGCCAUGGGUUUUUGCAGGGGGUGACAUUGUCGGCAUGGCCAGCACUACAGUCGAAUCAGUGAAUGAUGGAAAGCAAGCUUCCUGGUACAUGCACAAAUACAUACAGUCUUUGUAUGGUGCUGAAGUUUCUUCUGUACCACAUCUGCCUCUUUUCUACACUCCCAUUGAUCUGGUAGACAUCAGUGUAGAAAUGGCCGGUCUGAAGUUUUCAAAUCCUUUUGGCCUUGCCAGUGCAACUCCAACAACAAGUUCACCAAUGAUCCGCCGAGCUUUUGAAGCAGGAUGGGGAUUUGCACUGACCAAAACAUUUUCACUAGACAAGGACAUUGUAACCAAUGUUUCUCCAAGAAUAAUACGUGGAACUACCUCAGGUCCUAUUUAUGGACCAGGCCAAGGUUCUUUUCUGAACAUUGAGCUCAUCAGUGAGAAAACAGCAGCCUAUUGGUGUAAAAGUAUCACAGAGCUGAAGAUGGACUUCCCUGACAAAAUAGUCAUUGCGAGCAUCAUGUGCAGUUACAAUAAAGAUGAUUGGACUGAACUUUCAAAAAUGGCUGAGGCUGCUGGUGCAGAUGCCCUGGAGUUAAAUCUAUCAUGUCCGCACGGCAUGGGAGAGAGAGGCAUGGGCCUGGCCUGUGGGCAGGAUCCAGAGUUGGUGCGCAACAUCUGCCGCUGGGUGAGACAAGCUGUUCAGAUCCCUUUCUUUGCCAAGCUGACCCCCAAUGUCACAAAUAUUGUGAACAUUGCAAUGGCUGCACAACAAGGUGGUGCAGAUGGUGUUACAGCCACCAAUACCGUGUCAGGGCUGAUGGGACUGACAGCAGAUGGCACACCUUGGCCUGCUGUCGGACUGGGGAAGAAGACCACAUAUGGUGGAGUGUCAGGUUCCCGCGGCACGGAGCUGGUAUGGCACUAAGAGGCGUAUUCCGGACCGAGCAUACAAGGAUCCCAAGG